AUGAAUGAAUACCCUAUUGAAGGCGAAGAUAUCGAACAAGAAAAUAUAUUUAUUGAAGAAGAUGAUGACUUUGCAGGACCCCAAGGUGAAUCAAUAAUUUGCUUCGAUAUUGUAAAUAAUAGUUUAGGAUGUUCUAUUUUAGAAUCUCAAAGUAAAACUUUAAAAAUAUUUGAAGAGGAUUACAAAAUAGAAGGAUUAGCAACUUCAAAAAAACAGAAAAAAUCUUUGAAUUCAAACAAAGAUGAUGAAGUAUAUACUAUUAACAAAAUACCCAAUGACCUUAAUUCUAUAAUUGAAGCAUUGAUUACAGACAAUUUACCUUCGGUUUGUCUUCUUUCUACUAACUUUGAUGAACAGACUGUAAAAAUUAUAGAACAGUUAUCUAAUUCUUUGAAUUUUGAAAUAGAAUUUAGACCUAUCAGUGAAUUUAGAAAGUUUACAGAAGAUUUUAAAGAUUUGAUUCAGAUACAAUCAAAACAGGAAAGGCUGCUUAUUGAAUGUAUUUUUCCAAAUAAUGACCAUAAAAAUAGUAUUAUGGAAAAUAAUUUACUCGUAACAAAAAGUUGUUUGGUAUGCUGCUUAAACUAUCUCAAAAAUAUGGUAAAUACUGAAAUUGUUUCAAAAAAUAGUGUCACAGCUGCAAAAGAAGACAUAAAUGCAAAAAAAAGCAUUUAUCUUAUAAGAAACUUAAAACAACUAUUUGUCAGUGAUAAAAUAUUUUUAGAUUAUAACACAAUCUCUUCAUUACGUAUAUUACCUUUUGGGAAUAAGUCUGACCAAGGUAAGAAUAAAAAAGAUAAAAGUGAAAAUAUACUAGACUUAUUAGAUCAUACCUCAACUGAAGCUGCUAAGAAACUUUUAAUUUCUUGGCUUAAGUAUCCUCUUUCUGAUAUUCGAAAAAUACGAAAAAGACAUAGCGUUCUAAAGACAUUACUCGAAAAAACAAACAGUAAUUAUUUUGAAGAUAUAUGCUCUGAAAUCAAAAAUAUUAUUAAUAUUCAACCAAUUCUAAAUCAAAUAUUUUCUGGUAAUAUUUCAUUUAUCAAAUGGAAAAAGCUAAAAAAGUUUUUGGUAAGUAGUAUCAAAUUGUAUAAGUUGAUCGAAUGUUUAUAUCUUGAUAAUGCAACAGAUUCAUUGUUUGCAAAUAUCCUACAAUACUCACAGAUAGAGGUUUUAGAAAUAAUACUGGAUGAGAUACAAAGAACCAUUGACUUCGAGAAUUCACAGAAUAGCAAUCAUUUAGUAAUCAAUGAAGACAUUAAUGCUCAAUUAGAUGAGUUUAGAAAUAUUUAUAACCAAUUGGAAAAUAUUUUAGGGAGCCUAGCUGAAGAAGUACAAAUGAAGUUGUUAGAAGAGCUAGAGGAAUCACAUUCUUUCUCCAAUACGUUAAAUGAUCACUACGUUAAUGCUAUUUAUAUACCACAACUAGGCUAUCUACUUACAGUAGACAAUUCUCUUGAAGAAUUACUAACCAAAAGCAGCUUUCAAAAAGAAUGGAAAGAAAUAUUUAGAACUUCUACUAAUAUUUAUUAUAAAAAUGAAUUUACAGAAACCCUUGAUAAUGAGUAUGGUGAUGUAUAUGGAAAUUUGUCUGAUUUAGAGAUUGAAGUUCUACAGAAACUAUCUGAUUGUAUUAGAAACUAUAGAACAAUAUUAACACAAUUUUCUGACUUUGUAAUUGAAUUAGAUGUGUUUCUUUCUCUUGCAAGAGUUAGCCAAGAAAGAAAUUAUACUGAACCAUUAUUAGUAGAUGACUGUUGCCUCAUUGAUAUAAAAAAGGGACGGCAUCCUCUUUACGAAAACUUUGUAGAGAGCUAUAUCACAAACGAUACAUAUAUAAAUGGAGGUACAUUUAAUACCUCUACAAAUAUCACAGAAAACGCUUCAAAUAUACAGCAAACACAGAAUCCGUCAUCUUAUCAAAGAAUAGUAUUACUUACAGGGGCCAAUGCUUCCGGAAAAUCAGUGUUUUUAACACAAAUUGGAUUAAUAGUCUUCUUAGCACAGAUCGGUUGCUAUGUACCAGCAGAAAUGGCAAAGUUAUCUGUAGUGGAUAAAAUAUUAACCAACAUUAAGUCCCAAGAAACUUUGUAUACUUUUGAAAGUACAUUUGAAAGAGAUUCUAAACAAAUGUCCAAAUGUCUGCAUUCAGCCACAGAACGAAGCCUAGUUUUAAUUGAUGAAUAUGGGAAGGGAACCGAUAUGGUGGAUGGGCCAGCAAUAUUUGGUGGCAUUCUUAAAUCUCUUAGCAAAGAUAAGAAUUGUCCUCUAAUUAUAGCCUCUACACAUUUCCAUGAGCUUUUUAAACCAUCAAUACUUGGAAAAAACAUUGCUGGCAUUAAAUUUUAUCAAACUGAAAUUCUACUUCAAGAUAUCUCUCAAAACAAACAUAUUUAUAUUUCGUCCAAUAUAUCAACCUUAGAUAUAGGUAUCACUUUUUUAUACCGUAUACUCGAAGGGAUCACUGAACGAUCUUUUGGAAUAUACUGUGCUAAGCUUUGUGGGAUACCUAUUUCAAUAAUCCAGAGAGGAGAGAAGCUAAUGAAGUUUCAAUAUUCUGGAUCAGAUAUUAUUCAAGAAUGCUGUAGCCUAACAGAAGAUGAGUUGCAAGAUUUAUCUAAGAAUAAAGAAAUUGUAAAAAGGUUCAUGAAGUGGGAUUUAGAUUUAGAUGGAAUAUUAUCUAGUACUGAUUUAAAAGAUAAACUAAGAGAAAUAAUAGAAUAUUCUAGCGUUUGA